UUUGAUUUUGCUUCCUGCAGAUUCAUUUGGCUCUGUUAAGCAAGUGUUAUCAGUCUGAAGACAUUUCCGAUCCAAGACUGCAAGUAAGAAGACAGCUCGCCGAGGUAGAUGAGCCAUCUGCGGCAAGUAAAUACCAGAAAUGCCACCAUCGAAUUCUCUAUGGUACUUUGUCCUACGCGUCUUGUGUGCGUCUCGCCUCUAGGCGCAAUUACGAGAUUUCAUUCCAAAUUCCCCUCCUAAGUACGUGCAAAGAUCAUAAAGUAACACAGAGGUUUUCUGAAAAUUGCAAAUAGCCACACCUUCAAGGGAACUCACUAUACAUCAUCCUCUCCAUAGCAGAUUAUCUUCAUCGAAACUGAUUGGAAUGGGAACUUCCAAUGAAGAUCAAAGUGGAAUGCUUGCGAUCUCAAGGAAACCUUCUUACGACAAUGAUAUGGCUACAUGGGGAGGCGAUGGGCAAGAGGUCGACAUUCAGAUAGCUAGUUCAUAUCUAAGUCAAGGACUGCUGCGUUACCACUGUCAAUGCUUCACUGAAAAAGCUACAUAUAAUGCUAAGAACCUUGAACUGCCUGAUGAAAGAAUAUCUUCUCCAAGGGUGAAGCAUGUUCGCCGGAUCAAUAGUGGUUACAUUCGGGUCCAUAACCUCUGCAAUAAGUUGCACUGUACUGCUAGAGACUCCGAUAUAAUCCUGCACCAGAAUAAAAGCAUUAUCAAAUAGUUUCAUUCCUGCGAUUUAAUCCGAGCAGAUGCCAUCUGAAAUGGAACUUAGCUCAGCACGUGCCUUGUUUUGCCUGUACUCUUGGAAGUUG